AAAUUAUUUGUUUGGCAUCUGGCAUCGGCACUUCUUGUUGACUUUGUUGAUGGUUGUCAUAGUAACAUAUUUUUUUGGUGAUACCUGGAAAAAUGUCAAAUUGUCUACUAACUACGAAGAUCAAGAUUCUAUACACUCCCACCUAUUUUGAUUUCAUUUUCAAUAAAUACAUUUUGAGGAUCAUCUAUUUAAAAUGAUGCACAUACAAAACUAUUGGUUGAUAAAAGACAAGCAAGGGUGUUUACGAACGCCACUCAUUUUUCACUAAGUCAAGACACACGAACUGCAUUUGAAUUUCAGUAAAUGUUGGCGUUAUUUUAAUAAAAUUUUGUAUUUCUAGCUCUAUACAUGUUUUUCGUUUUAUAAUACUAGUUUAAAAAAAAAAAUCUCUCCUAAAAACUAUGUUGACCAUCAAUUCAGUUAAAUCUAAAUCCUAAGCUGGAAUCAUAUCUGUAAUCACUAAGUUGUCUUUAUUCUAAAAAGUCAGGUUUGAGGUACAAUAUUUAGUAUUUUUAUUUUUAAAAAAAAUGGAAGAAAGGAGGCAGAGUAGAACUGAAGUGUUAGAUAAAGAUAACAAUGGACCUGGAAUUGUGUAUUCAACAUUUGUGUCAAUGGAGAGUCUUUUAGAAAAGCUCAAACUACUCAAUUAUGAUAGUGAAUUCGUUCAAGAAUUUAAGAUGAAAUUUUUAAAUAAACACUAUUUUGCUAUACAGACAAAUCCAGGAGAACAAUUCUUUAUGUUUUCUUCAAUUGCAGCUUGGCUCAUUAGAAAGUCAAAAAUAAAGUUUGACAGUCCUCAAGAGUUCGAUGAUCCCAAUGGUACCAUUGCUAGUAUAUUGGAGCAAGUUAAACAAAUGGGAGUUCAUGUUGACUUUCCUCCGAGUAAAUUGAAACAAGGAUGGGGUGAACAUGUCAUUCUUGUGCUCUCUCAUUUGGCUGAUGAGGCACUUAAAAGAAAUAAUUUCACAUGGAAAAGGGCCAUCAUUUUGCCCAAUGAAGAUGAAGGAAAUGAUUCUAUCAUUGAAACUGAUGAUGCAGAAGUCACUUUAGAGAAAAUUGAAGAAGAAAUGAUUGCUGAAACAUUUGAGAAUGAUUCUGAGGAAGAAGGAGAGGUGCUAGAUUUAGAAGCUUUGAGAAACUUGUCUCUUGCUAACCAGGGGAAAGGGGAGGAUAUGAGGCCUGAUGAGGUAAUGGAAUCAAAUCUGGAUGUGGUGGAAUGGAAGAUGGAGAUAGAGAGAGUCAUGCAUCACCUUAAAGUCACAGUCAGGAAUGACUCAAGGGAUUGGAGGAGCCAUUUAGAUCAGAUUCGGCAACAUCGCAAGAACAUGGAUGAAACAUUGUCAACCACAAAACUACAAUUGGACAAAUUGCACUCUGACAUCAGUCGCUCUCUAGAGAAAAUAGGUAGCCGAGAAAAAUACCUCAAUAAUCAACUGGAACAACUGAUAUUAGAGUAUCGCACAGCUCAGGACCAACUGUCGCAGGUUAAAGAACAGUACAAAUCAGUUAGUGGGGGUGUUACUGAAAGGUCUCGGACAUUAUCUCAGAUCACAGAGGAACUGGAUCAAGUGAAGCAAGAAAUGGAUGAGAGAGGAUCCAACAUGACGGAUGGAAAGCCUUUGGUGAACAUCCGUAAAGCACUGUCCAAACUGAAAGUAGAAUUGAGCCAGAUGGAUGUCCGAAUUGGAGUAGCCUCUCACACACUCCUGCAGGCAAAACUGAAAGAGAAGGGAAAUUUGCAGAGAGCCAUCAACAAUCCACCCAUUACCAUCUUCUAAGAGAUUGUGUUCUUGAGUGCAAUAAAUUUAUUUUGUAUAUA